UUUGCCGAAAUCUAUAUAGUGAUUGUGUGGACUUUAAGGGCGAAAAAAGCACAACUUUUAAAAAGUUUAAAAAUGUUGAAAUCUAUAGUAGUUUUCGCCAUUAUAGUGGCUGUGGUCAAUGCUGAGUUGGUGCAUGUACCUAUACGCAAACAUGAGAAUUUUGUCAAGACCCAUAAAGAUGUUCGUGCUGAAAAGUCGGUAUUGCGUACCAAAUACAAUUUGCCUCAAACCCGCGAUUUACCAGAAGAACAAUUAUCGAACUCUUUAAAUAUGGCUUAUUAUGGUGACAUUACCAUUGGUACUCCACCACAAAAGUUUGUUGUUCUCUUCGAUUCCGGUUCUUCAAAUUUGUGGGUGCCCUCUAGCCGAUGCUGGAUCUGGGAUGUUGCCUGCAAGAAACACAAUCAAUACAAUCAUGAUAAAUCCAGUACUUAUGUUAAGAAUGGUGAAACUAUUUCUAUACAAUAUGGCUCCGGCAGCAUGAGUGGAUUCUUGUCACAGGAUGAUGUCACCGUAGAAGGUUUAACCAUUAAGAAUCAAGUUUUCGCUGAGGCCAUGAAUGAACCCGGCAACAGUUUCACUGAUGCCAAUUUUGAUGGUAUCUUUGGUAUGGCCUAUCAAAGUUUGGCUGAAAACAAUGUAGUACCACCCUUCUACAAUAUGUUCGCUCAAGGUUUAGUUGAGUCCGAUGUCUUCUCUUUCUAUCUCAAGCGUGAGGGAUCUGCUAUCGCUGGUGGUGAAUUGAUUUUGGGUGGUGUUGAUUCAAGCUUAUUCAAAGGCGACAUCACUUAUGUACCCGUUUCACAACAAGGUUAUUGGCAAUUUGAAGUAUCUUCUGGUUCGAUUAAUGGUCAAAGUAUUUGUGACAACUGUCAAGCUAUUGCCGAUACUGGCACCAGUUUGAUUGUUUGUCCUCAGGCCGCUUACGAAACUUUGCAAAACGAAAUUGGUGGCAUGUACAACAGCGAGGAUGGUAACUACUAUGUUGAUUGUUCUGCUAUUGAUUCGUUGCCUGUGGUCAAUUUCGUCAUUGGUGGUCGUAAUUUCUCUCUAGAACCUAGCGCUUAUAUUGUAAAUCUUGAAGGCAGUUGCAUGUCCAGUUUUACUACUAUGGGUACUGACUUUUGGAUUUUGGGUGAUGUUUUCAUUGGCCCCUACUAUACCGUUUUCGAUUUGGGCAAUAACCGUGUUGGUUUUGCUCCAGUUGCUUAAGUGUUGAAUGUUAAUAAAUAAAUAUAUUUAAAGUAUUUUAUAUAUAGUAAUUAUCUGAAAA